ACCACUUUCAUUUAAUGUUUGUUUACAGUCAAAAAUAAUCAAUAUUUUUUCUAACCAAGGAGUUUAGGUUGCUGCGGCCUUCAGUUUUGUUUUAAAGGUGUUCAAACAAAGGUAGAAAUAUGUCCCUUUUUCAGGCUAUUGAAUUUUGGACAACUUUUUGCGAUAAUGAAGAAACAUUCGAUCAAAAUUCUUUAAAAAUUUCGCGAUUAAAUGAACAGUACGAUUUGAUAAUAACAGGUAGCCAUAUCGGAGUCUUAAGGAUAUUUAAAUCUGGCACAGAAAUUGAUGAUAGGGGUGUUUUACAAGAAUUUAAGCCGACAGAUUUAUUAUUAGAAAAAGACUUACAAAGUGCUAUAAUACAAGUAGAUGUUGGAAAACUAGUGUCGGGAUCGCAGAAAAUUCAAAUAGCCACGUUACAUUCUAAAACAGUAAAAGUUUGUAGUUUUGUAACAAAAGCAGGCGAAACAGAUCAUGGGCAUCAAUAUAUUUUAAAGCAAAUAUACGAACAUAAAUUAAGAAGAACCCCUUCAAACUUUGUAAUUGGCCCUUUUGGGAAAUCAGCAAAUAGAGACUUUAUUUGCGUGCAGUCGCUAGACGGACUGCUUACAUUUUUCGAACAAGAAUGCUUCUCGUUCUGCUGUUUUUUGCCGAAAUUUUUGCUGCCAGGACCUUUAGUUUAUUUGGAUUACAAUGAUUGUUUCGUAACUGGCGGAUCAACAUGGAUGCUACAAUGUUUCACAUACAAGGCUUUGUCGGACGCUGGUGAAGCAUCUACUCAACAGGAUAUUUCAGGAAAUAAGGUGACAGAAGAGUGGGUAUAUAAUACCGGGGAAGAAAUUUUCAACAUGGUUGUACUGCCAAAUCAUCAAAAAAGGGACAAUUUUAUUUUAGCAUUAGGUCACAAACAUUUGUACUGCUGCAAUGGGAAGGGGAAAUUACUUUUUAUGAAGAGAUUGGAAUGUCCAACGUCAUGUUUCAGUGCAUACCUUUUAGGGGAUGACGCGAAAGUGGUGUCGUUGAUUGUAAGCGAAACAAAGACUCUUCUUGUAUAUGGAAAUACAACGCUUUUGUGGGCGGCACAAUUAUCAUUCCUGCCGGUGGCUUUGAGCAGGGCGUCGUUCCCUAAUAUAAAGGGCGCGUUGGUUAUGCUUAGCGAGGAAGGAAAACACCAUUGCGCAUACCUUGGCACGGAACCGCAUCUGUUCGCUGCACCACCGUUAUCUAAUCAACAACUGGACUUAGAUAAAUCCGAGGAAGAGCUGAACAGACUAUACAAAAUUAUCAGAAGUAGACUUAGCGAAGAGGCCAACAGAACAUCCACAUCUUUAGAAAAAGACCUGGUGAUAAAUUUGGUCGUGGAUCCCCAUUUGCGAACCAACAUUCACCCUCACAAUUUAGAAUCUACUGACGAAAAUGAAAAGGCAAACCUAAUGUGUCACGUAUCGGUCGAAUUAAUUCCGCACGUAACCUUUGAAGAAUUACAGUUAGCAGUUAAGGUGCAGAGUCCUUUAAAAACAUCAAUAGAAGCUGAAUUUUAUACUGAGGUUCGAGAAACGAUUUCCUUCGAAUGCGACGUUUUUUUUGAAGAAGCUUUAGAAGUAGUCAGUUUGGAAGUCAUGGUCGUUAUCACCUGCGUUUCCAACGUGACAUUUUCGCGGGUUUUGAAAAAGACAGCGACGUUACCUUUGAAAAUGGCUGUUCAAACUUGCGAGCCUCGGAAAAGUGGAGAGAACAGAAUUACACUUGAUUUGAAUAAGGACGCUUUGCCAUUAGCUAGGCUAUUCCCAGAUUUUCUUGGAGAAAACAAAUUAUCUUCAUUUAGCAAUGCAGUUGCAUUUAAAAAUGUAAAUGGUUGUGGAGAGCCGGUAACAAUUUUGCUUGCGAAGUCGUCUCAGAGGUAUCGUUUACAGUCGGAUUCUCUUAGUUCCCUUAAUAUUUUCCUCAGUUAUAUGAAAGAACGUUUGAAACAAUUCUACGAUAAUGAUCCAGGUUUCCUUAUUACAUAUUCGGCAGCAUUACCCGUUGAACCAAUAGUGUCUUUUGCAAGAGAACAUUUUGAAAUCGUUCAGGAAAUUAAACGAUUACUGGAUUUAUUGACCCAGUUGGCGGCACAGUAUAGAGCAAUCGAGAAACGUUUGAUUACAAAGUUUAAAGAUAAAAACCCUACUCCUGUAUCACAGUUUGUGACACUGAUAGACGACACUUAUGAGGACAUCAACGAGUCCCUAAAGAGAUUAAAAUACGAAAAAGGGAAGUUAAAUGCAGCUCGUAACAAACUCGAAUGUUCACUGAACCUUCUAAUAAGUUUAUCACGGUCAAUGGAUAUUAGUGAGGACAUUUUGCAAUCGAUCGAGAGCGUUUUUGAACCUCAUAUAUACGACAUAGAAGGACAGAGUUGGGAAGAUACUACUGAUGCAUCAUUGUGUUAUUUACUCCGAACGGUUUUGUACAAAUCAGAAAAAGAUAAAUUGCGAACAAUACAUAUAAGCUUUGAAGAAAUUAAAGAUUUUUCGAAAUUCGAAGAACACUUAACGCAAGUAAUCGAACGUAUUUCAUCAUUUGCUAACACCUCAACAACAGAAAAUAAAAUCGAAGAUGAAUAUGAAGAAAUAAAAAAUGAACCUGAACAAACAAAGGAAGUUAGAAGUUUAUCAGCAGGAAUGGAAACCAUCGGCAGUCAAUACGGAGAGGCCAGUUUGAGAGCUAUAUCUGCUAGGAAAAGUUUGCUAAAAAGAAGGCACAAAGUUUCGGAUGUGUAAAGCUCUUUGUACGAGACUGGAAAUAUUUAGAUAAAAGUGCAGUCAAUCUUGCCAGUUUCGAUUGGUUUUCUUAGGGGAGUUCAUUUUUUUACAACUCUUUUCACGAAAAUCGAUGUGCAAGUUAACUUUCAACCACAAUCUUAUCAAUCGUUCGUAAACUUUCGAAUUUUAAUGGACUACGAGAGAGAAAAUGAUAGUAAGAACGACGGGUUUAA